GCAGGACCCCGGUCCAUAUCUGUAUGGAGAAAGGUGAUCUCGAUGUCCUUGGGAUGCUGUUGGCCGCGCCGGGCGUCGAUCUGAACGUGAAGGCGGCGAACGGGGAGUCGCCGCUGUGGAUCGCGCUCAUGAGGGGGGACCUGAGCGCGGCCGGGGAGCUGAUCCGGUGCGGGGCGGCGGUGGACCACACGCUGGUCUUCGUCUGCGCCACGAGGGGGAUGGAGGACGUCGCCCUCUUUCUCCUCCGGAAUGGGGCGCCGUGUCGAUAUGUCAGGGAGAACCCGGAGGAGAACGCCCUCGAGGUCGCGGCCGCGAGGGGGCAGGUGAGGCUGCUGGAGGAGUUGCUGAAGGGCGGGGCGGAGGCGUUCCGGGGGAAUCCCGCGGGGGAGUGUGCGCUGCAUGUGGCCAUCAGGGAGGGGCAGGAGGAUGCUGCGAACAGGAUCCUGCAGAUCGGGCUCGAUGGAUCCGAUUUGACCGCCUUCUCGGAGCAGAGCAAAAGCCUCCUCGGCCUGGCGGUGAAGAACUCCAUGUUCGCGAUCGCGGACGAGCUGGUCUCGCGGGGGGCGCGCCUGGACCCGUCGCUCGUGGAGGCCGCCCUCCGGGACAAGAACGAGAAGGCGGCACUCUACCUGAUCGAGAAAGGGGAGAGCGCGGAGGUGGUGUCGUCGGGGGCGCUGUGCCUGGCCGUGGAAGGCGGCCUCGCCGUGGCCGUGGACGCGCUCUGUCGGAAGGGGAUCCCGUUGGGGAACAUCGAGGAGCCGCUCUGGUUGAGUCUGCAGCGGGGGUUCUUCCAGGUCGCGUCGGCGCUGCUGGCGCAUAAGACGGGCGACGAGAAGGUGGCGGAGAAGCUGUUACCUCUGGCGAUCCGUGAGGGCCGGGAAGAGGCGGCGUGCUUCCUCGUCCAGCACGUGGUGGACGUGGACUCGGUGAACGGGGGCGAGUCGCCGCUGCAGCUGGCCUGCGAGAAGGGGCUGCUCGAGGUCGUGCAGAUCCUCCUGGCCUGCGGGGCCGACGUGAAUCUCACCGGUCGAGAUGGGGAGACGGCGCUUCAUAAGGCAGUGAACAUCGGGGACGGGGAUCUGGUGAAUAUCCUCAUCCAGCAUCCGGGGAUGAACUCGAACGCGAAGGACCGGCGCGGGCGGACCCCGCUGGGCCUCGCCAUUGCGGCGGGGAACAAGGACAUCGCGCAGUCCAUCGUCGAUCUUUCGCCGCACUUGCUCGAAGAGUACGAUGGUAGGGGUCGGACGCAUCUCCACGACGUCGUGGCCCGGGGCGAUCUGGCCGGGCUCCUCUUCCUCCUGGCGUUGAACGUGGACGUGAACAAGCCGACCGGAGACGCCGAGCGGCUCUUCCCGUUGCAUCUGUCCGUCAUGGCGGAGACGAAUUCCCAGACGGAGAGCAUCGUUCGGCACCUCUUGUUGGCCGGUGCCGAUCCGAACGCUCGUUCGGCGAGACACCUGACGCCGCUGCAUUUGAGUACCGGGGCACCGGGGAUCUUGGAGGCACUCUUGGACGGGGGGGCGGACGCCAUGGCCACGGACGACGAGCACGAUACCGUGCUUCAUGUUGCCAUGAAGCAGGGGAGGCUCUCGGCGAUUCGCAUUCUUCUUCGGGUUCCGGGCAUCGAUCCUUGGGCCGUGAAUCUUCGAGGGCACACUCCGCUUCACACGCUGGCCAGAUAUGGGGCGGAUAAUGCGGGGGCCAUCCUGGAUGCUCUACUCUCUUCGUUCCGCAGUUAUCCCAUCGACCAGCAGGACUUGGGUGGAAACACUGCGCUGCUGUUGGCCUACAUGCGGGGUCACGUGGGGAUCUGCAAGACGUUGGUGUCGGCAGGGGCCGCCCUCGCCACUUACAAUCGGGACGGGAUGAACAUCUUCAACUUCCAACUGCCUACCCGCAGCCUCCUCCACAGGUUGUUGGACUCGCUGACCCAGGAGCCUCCUUGGGUGGAUUCGGACUCCUGCAUGGAAUGCGGCUCGCGGUUCUCCAUCACCACUCGGAAACACCACUGUCGUCACUGCGGUCGGGUGCUGUGUCGCAAGUGCUCGGACAAGGAGGUUGCGAUCCUCAAGUUCGGGUUGCAGAAGCCGGUGCGAAUCUGUGCCGUCUGCUACAAGACGCUCACUCAGGGCAUCUGAAUCCAUCCUGUUGCUUGCUUGCUUUUUUUUUAAAUAUUCCAUGCUGCCAUUGAUUUUUAUACAGAAUAUGUAUGUGGCCGUUACGAAAGCAAUACAACCAUAUUUACGAGAC